AUGGAAGACGAUUAUCAAUAUCUGAUUAUAAUGGUAAUAAUUCUAGAUAUUUUGAGUAUGAAUACUUCGACAAUUAAAAAAAAACAUGAAACACAUCCAAUUGAUAUACUGACGAAAUCACAAGACUCAACCUUACUGACAAAUAAUGUGAUGAAACGUCAUUAUUUGAACAAAAAUGGGGACCUUAAUGAUAAUAAUGAUGGUGAUGUCUUAAUGACUGAACGUACUGAGAAAAAUGAAACUCCGUUAAGCAUUGACGUGAUGAAACUAAGUAUUAAUAACGACGUUUUGUCCUCUUCGAAUGAUAUAUAUGAAUAUAAUGUUAACAGGAAUAAACCCAAAAUUUCCUUUGAAUCAAUCGAUGAUUUCAACCGAAUAACUUAUUAUGGAGAUUAUGCCCGUGAGAUUGUCGAUUUAAAUUACGAUAAUGACUUCGAUAACUUUGAUGAUGAUUCUAAUGAAAUGAAUGACAAUGAUAAUAUUGAUUUUCCAAUUAUUGAUGACACACUACAAACACCAAAGAAAAAGGUCAUUGACUAUUUUAAAUUGAGUAUUUUUAAUAACAAUACAAACAGCAAUAAACUUCUAUCAACAGAUGUCAACGAAGAAAUGGCAACAAAUCAACAAUCUAACUUUAAGAAAAAAUAUUUUUGGAAAAAACGGAAUAAUAAAAAAGGGAUAAUCAAAAAUGAUGAUACCGAUGGCAGUUCUGAUAGUAUAUAUUUUAAUGAUGAUUCGUAUGAGGACAGGAAAGGUUCCCCAUGCUUAAGAGAUAAUAAUGACAUAAUUACGGAAGAGACUGAUGUAAGUAUUCUAAUAAACCCCUCUAAACUAAUCGUCAACCGAGAUGUAGAAGAGAAUAUGACAUCCUCUGACCAGGAUCCUUCAGAAUCCCUUUCUUCUUUUGAUGUUUCAGUCUCGAAUAGUCCUUCUCAGCUACCUCUUUUAUCUUCAAAUACGAAUCCAUUCAAAAUAAGAACCGACUCGAAUAAAAGGCACGUUAACGAACAUCAUUGUGAAGACAAGUCAGCAGUGAGCUUAGAAAAAUAUAGCGCCAGAAGCCACAGUGAUAAUAAGGAAAAUAUUAACGGAACCUUACCAAAGACUAGAGGGCGUAAACCAUCAUUAAUUCCGGAUGCAAGUAAACAAUUUGGUUGUGAGUAUUGUGAAAGGCGAUUCAAAAGACAAGAACAUUUGAAAAGACAUGUUAGAUCAUUACACAUUGGUGUUAAACCUUAUACCUGCCAUAUAUGUCAAAAGAAUUUCAGCAGAAGUGAUAAUUUGAGCCAACAUAUAAAAACUCAUGGCUAA